UAUGUACGCGAACGCAGCAUCWGUUCCACCGUCACUUUCUGAUGACGUUUGUCUAUGAAAAGAUGGCGGCGACCUUGUGUGUGAAGUUUUUACCUAAACAUGGAUGGCUGCCAUUGAUUCAGAGUGUUCGACACAGCCCCAAGGCUGUGACCCGCCACGAGAGACCCAUUCCCUUCUUCAAGAAGAAGGUCCUGGCUGUCACAGAAUACAUACCUCCUCCUCGGGGAUUUCCACCAGGAGCCUAUCCGCCAGUCAAAAAACAAGAUCAAGAUUCGAUGAUAUUAGAUGGUUUGGAUAAACUUCACAAGCAGCGAUUGGAGAGAGUGCUUGAGAACUGCAGAAUGAUCGCUGUGGUUCAGAACAACAGAUGCAGCGCUCACGACCUGACGCUUAUCAAGUACAAGCUUUUUCGACACGGCAUCAUUGUCAAGUUCUUCUCCAACAGGGUGCUUUUUUCGGUCCUGGGUGAUUCUCCCUACAGGAACCUGCUUCCUCUGUUCAUGGGUUUGACUGCUCUGCUUGUCAGUAAAGAACCAAAGGUGAAGGAGAUGCUGUCCACCCUGAAGUCCAGCCCACAAUUUACGCUUUUGGGCGCCUACGUAGACGACACGCUGCUGAGCGUGCAGGGCCUCGUCAGGUAUUCCAAACUGCCGUCCGUGACCAUGGUCCAGGGCGAGCUGGUCAGCGGGCUGACGAUGCUGACCUCCUGCACAGCCUCCAUGCUGCAUCGGCACCCGGCCCACCUCUCCGCCCUGCUUCAGCAGUACAUCAAACAGCAGAGCCCCGACAGCGACGCGGAGCCGGCUGCUAAAUCAGAGGAGGCCACGUAGAGACAGAACAAACAGGGACUGUCGCAGGUUUAUAGCUGAGCAGUCUGGCUGCAUGCACUMUUUAACCUGUCUUUAAAAUCUGCACCAGACUGGGAAAUGUUUAAACUCAAUUCUGAAUCCCAGCUGAGAGUUGGAGCCAACGUGAACGGUGUCAUUACUUGAGCAACUAAGCUGCAGAAAUGAUGGUUUCACCCUUUAUUAUUUAAGGACAAUAAAAGAUAACGUGUCUGCUCAG